GCAGGCUGGCCGCCGCCGGGGGUCCUGGCCUGAAGACGAAGCCAGCUGGGAGACCGGCGCCAGGGCUCGAUCCUGUGGCCCGGGGGGCUCUGCAGCCAUGGCAAUGACAGGCUCAACACCUUGUUCAUCCAUGAGCAACCAUACAAAGGAACGAGUCACUAUGACAAAAGUGACAUUGGAGAAUUUUUACAGCAACCUUAUUGUACAACAUGAAGAACGGGAAAUGAGACAAAAGAAGCUAGAGAAAGUGAUGGAAGAAGAAGGCUUAAAAGAUGAAGAGAAGCGACUUAGGAGAUCAGCACAUGCUCGGAAGGAAACAGAGUUUCUUCGACUAAAAAGAACAAGGCUUGGACUGGAAGACUUUGAGUCCUUAAAAGUAAUAGGAAGAGGAGCAUUUGGUGAGGUGAGGCUUGUUCAGAAGAAAGAUACAGGCCACGUAUAUGCAAUGAAAAUACUUCGCAAAGCAGAUAUGCUUGAAAAAGAGCAGGUUGGCCACAUUCGUGCGGAGCGUGACAUUCUAGUGGAGGCAGACAGUUUGUGGGUUGUGAAAAUGUUCUAUAGUUUUCAGGAUAAGCUAAACCUCUACCUAAUCAUGGAGUUCCUGCCUGGAGGAGACAUGAUGACCUUAUUGAUGAAAAAAGAUACUUUAACUGAAGAGGAGACUCAGUUCUACAUAGCAGAAACGGUAUUAGCAAUAGACUCAAUUCAUCAACUUGGAUUUAUCCAUAGAGACAUCAAACCAGAUAACCUCCUCUUGGAUAGCAAGGGCCAUGUGAAGCUUUCUGACUUUGGCCUCUGCACAGGACUAAAGAAAGCUCAUAGGACAGAAUUUUAUAGGAACUUGAAUCACAGUCUCCCCAGUGACUUCACUUUCCAGAACAUGAAUUCCAAAAGGAAAGCAGAAACCUGGAAAAGAAAUAGACGCCAGCUAGCCUUCUCCACAGUGGGCACUCCAGAUUACAUUGCUCCUGAAGUCUUUAUGCAAACUGGAUACAAUAAGCUCUGUGAUUGGUGGUCUCUUGGGGUUAUCAUGUAUGAAAUGCUCAUUGGUUACCCUCCUUUCUGUUCUGAGACUCCUCAAGAAACCUACAAGAAAGUGAUGAAUUGGAAAGAAACGCUGACUUUUCCUCCAGAAGUUCCAAUCUCUGAGAAAGCUAAGGAUCUCAUUUUAAGAUUCUGUUGUGAAUGGGAACAUCGAAUUGGAGCCCCUGGAGUUGAAGAAAUUAAGAGUAAUCCUUUUUUUGAAGGAGUUGACUGGGAACAUAUCAGGGAGAGACCAGCUGCAAUAUCGAUUGAGAUAAGAAGCAUUGAUGACACCUCAAACUUUGAUGAAUUUCCUGAAUCUGAUAUUCUUAAACCCACAGUGGCUACAAGUAACCACCCAGAGACGGACUACAAGAACAAAGAUUGGGUCUUCAUCAACUACACUUACAAACGCUUUGAGGGCCUGACGGCACGAGGAGCAAUACCUUCCUAUAUGAAAACAGGAAAAUAGCCAGCAGUGCAGUGGGGUCGUUUGGGGGAACAUGGUUCUGUGCACAGCCCUGGGGUCUUCUUUUCUCACACCCCUGUAAGGGCUAUGAGUUUCUGAGAAUUUUUACAGAACCUGCUCUGUCCUGAUGAACACUGAACCUUCUGAAAUGUGAUAGGUGGGUUUUCUUCUUCUGUGGCAUCUGAAGACCCCAACCAAACAUUUCAACCGCAUCAGCUAUAGACAACUGUCUUGCUUCUGCAGAAGCAGGAUGGGCCAGUUUCACACGUACUCAAAAGUUCUUUAGAAUGAAGAAAAUGCUGUCAGCCAACAUGACUGAGCCUGUAGUUCAUUCUUGUCCAAUCCCAGCCAAGUCCUGUGUUCUUGUGAUGUGUCUUUGCCAGCCCUCCCAGCCAUCCUUCCAUCAUGGCUGAAUAGCCCUACAUUUCCCAGGAAAUCAAGCAAUAACAGAAGUCUUCUUUGGGUGGCCUCCUUCCAAGUGGAGGAUGUGGGUCUGGCUUCUCUGUUGUGUGGAGUGAUGGUAAUAUUUUUCCAGGCCUCCUUAGCUGUCCCUCCCCAAUUGCCACCUUUGAUGCUUUUUUCUCAGUUCUCUUCAUGGCCUCCAUUUGUGAUGAUGCACUUUACUUAUGGUACUAGGAGAAAGACACACUCAGGCCUUGAUGAUUUAUUCUACCAUCUGGCCCCCAAACUAAAAUAUUCAUACUCCAUUCCUGAGUCGUCAAUAAGGGGGUCCCAGCUGGGUCCACCAGGUGACCCAUAAAGCCAUUAUGCAUUGCCAAGGAGUCCUAGAUCAUGGGGGGGGGGGGAAGCCCCAACUUCCUCUUCACUGCUGUGUGUGAAAACCCUCAGGCAGGGAGGCAGGCAGGCUACUGGCUUAUUUGCCAUGCUGCCACUAGGAACCCACUUUCCCUGCCCAGCUGCAAGACUUCAGAUUUGCAAGAGCCACCCUGGGACUCAGCAAAGGGAUACGGUAUUGGCCACUGCCCUCUCUCAGCUGCCCUGCUUGUGCUGACUCCUUUAGACCUUCUGGAAACACGUUAAGGAAGCAGCCUUUUGGAAUGGUGCAGAGAUACCUUUGUCCUUGUUUGUAGCUGUUUCCUCCCUCCUUCCUCUGUAUCUCUCCUUUCCCAACUUUAGGUAGUCUUUUCACUUUGGUACCAUGAUUGAAAAUUAUUUUUCUUUUCAGAUGCCUUUCUAGGAGACCUUUCCUCCCUCAAAAAGGGUCUCGCAUGGAUUGGAUGGAAUGUGUCUAGGAUGCUGGGUAAUGUCUAGAAGCACAUUCAUCCAUAUCUGCUAUGGGGUACUCUCCAGGAGAGACCCCGAAAUUAGCACAAAGUGCCUUCUCUUUUACAGCUGCCACCUCUAGAGGAAUCUUACUUGGUCAGAAAAAUGUGGAGGCUCCAUAUUAAUACAUUAUUUUUUUUACACUUUUGAUAAUUCUUAAAGCAUUAUUUUGCACCUGUUUGGUAAAUUUGCCUGUGCAAGAGGGUCAUGGCUGAGCUACAGCUGGGAGGCUCAUUCUGUCAAUCUUCAAGCUGUUUAGAUCAGUUUUAAAAGGAAAGCGUGUCAAUAUAGCCAUUCUACAAAAGGAAUAUCCCUGCUCUGUUUUGGGAGCAGGAUAUAAUAAUGAUAGCAUAUGAAACUGCUCCAGGUUUAAAAGGAAAAAAAGAAAUAUUUAGGAAAGACUCAACUCCAGAUGGAGAAAACAUGUUUGGCACUAGGCUUCUUAGUUGCUCAGUAAUAGCUCGUUUAGCAGAAAGGGAUUCAAAGGGAUUUUAACAUGUAAAUUUGUAGUCCUUUGUAUUAUAAAGUAGUCACUGUCAUGUCUUGGAUCCAUCUUGUUUUGCAGAAUGGUAAAUGAAGAGAGAAACACAGGGUGUGCUUCCUGUGUGCUGAACAGUAAGGGAAGGGGGGGCGGGUUGUGAUUUGUUUAGGGAGAAGACAUCCACAUUUUAACCAUUCAAAACUUCUGAAUAAACUGUGUGGUAAUUGUAA